CAGCUUCGAGCUUCAACGUUCGUUCGCUUUUCAGUCCGCAUUUUGCAUUUCGAUUGUUCGUUUGUGUGUUUGGCUGAGGAGACGGUGUUUGUUCGCUGGCAGCAAACAGGAGAAACCCAGCAGGAGGAUAAUUAAAGGCAACAGCUGCACGGAAAGUUAUUCAUACUUUGUCUCCAAGAGUCUCACUCAUUCGAUUCACAAACACAAGCGAUCGCAACAACGAAACGAUGGCUGAAGCUGAUAUGCCAACGUUCAAGUGCGUCCUGGUCGGGGAUGGCGGCACCGGGAAAACUACCUUCGUCAAGCGUCACAUGACGGGAGAGUUCGAGAAAAAGUAUGUGGCCACGCUCGGCGUUGAGGUGCAUCCGCUCGUGUUUCACACGAACCGUGGCGCUAUACGGUUCAACGUUUGGGACACGGCCGGUCAGGAGAAAUUCGGCGGCCUACGAGACGGUUACUACAUUCAGGGACAGUGUGCCAUCAUUAUGUUCGACGUGACAUCCCGCGUAACGUACAAGAAUGUCCCCAACUGGCACCGGGAUUUGGUUCGAGUGUGCGAAAAUAUUCCCAUCGUCCUGUGCGGCAACAAAGUCGACAUCAAGGACCGCAAAGUGAAAGCCAAGGCUAUCGUAUUCCAUCGGAAGAAGAAUUUGCAGUACUACGACAUUUCCGCCAAGUCUAACUACAACUUCGAGAAGCCAUUUUUGUGGCUGGCACGAAAGCUGGUCGGCGACCCGAACCUGGAGUUCGUGGCAAUGCCCGCCCUGCUGCCACCGGAGGUCAAAAUGGACAAAGAUUGGCAGCAACAGAUCGAGAAGGAUCUGCAGGAAGCGCAAGCCACCGCGUUACCCGACGAGGAUGAGGAUCUGUAAGAAACUAUCGGUAAGGUGUGCGACCGCAACCUUUCUAUCCACACAGUACAGUACAGUGAAUGAUACAUUUAACAAUAAACCCAGCAAAAAAAAACCACAAAACAAAAAGCCUGAA